GUCAAAUGGAGGAGCAACCUCGACAGAUGGACCACGGUGAGCGUGCGGCCACCAAGCACGACUCCAUCCAGACUGAGAAGGUUCCCGCCAGCGUGCGCUCCGAGCGUACCUCGUCCACCGCUCCACGUCUCAGCCUUCGACCGAUCACCCAACUCAUGUUUGCAGGAGACCGAACCAGCUCCGGUAACAAGCUCGAAAGCCAGCCUCGCGAGAACCCAUUCAAAGAUGGUGCUGAGAAGGCUCGAUCGACCAGCCCGCCCUCAAAUCCAUUCGAUGGCGCCAGUCCUACGGCAGCAGGUAAUGCCUCACCACAGUUUGCCGCCGGCGCUGUCCCAAUGACUGCAGGCGGUGUUUCUCCACGCGGUCCAAACAAUGUCCACCGUGUCCAGCUCGACUUCAAGCCCAGCAUGGACGACGAAUUAGAGCUUCGAUCCGGUCAGCUCGUUCGCAUGCUCCACGAAUAUGACGAUGGCUGGGCUCUUUGCAUCCGCAUGGACCGCAGCCAACAAGGUGUCGCCCCACGCACCUGCCUGUCCAAACUCCCAGUGAAGCCCCGACCCCAAGGCCCACCUGGACAGCAAGGCUCCCGCCCGGGCACAGCCCAAAGCAAUCGUAGCCCACCCAACGCUCCCGGCAUGAUGGUCCCUCGCCCUCUGACACCCAACUCCAAUGAACGCCCCAUUUCCCCUCCCAUGCGAAGCGAGAUGCGCCCUAGUCCUUCUGAGAACGUCGCGCCACCAGCGAGCGUGAGCGUUCCCGCGCGGAAACCUGUUCCAGGUCAGGCGAUGUAGUCCUGAGGGACUUGUGGUGCUUGCGAUUUCCUCUGUGUCUAGCGUUGUUUGACGAUGUUACGGGGUGGCUGAUAAACCGGCUACUACUAUUUACCACUUACUUUCUUCCCUUCACAUACGGCAAUACACCAUUGCCAAUCGUUGCUGCGGGCGCUUCUAUCAGAUACCCUCGCUGGCCUUGCCUGUCGACGGGAGAGAAAGAAGGAAGGGAGGUGAAGGAAUUAGAGAAAGAAUGGAGGAAAGGAAGAUUGAGAAAGGACUCUCGCCCGUGUUUCGAACUUAUUAUGUGUAGAUAUAUGGUUGAUCGGCUUGUGUGGUAUGCAAUGGACUAGUCAAAGCUUG